GAUGUAAAGGAGUGGAACAUGAAGAUCUCAGCGUGGAGUCGGGCCGGCGAGCAUUCGCGAGCGGUCGGAUGUCUGCAAGAGAUGAUGGAUGCGGGCGUUGCGCCGAACGUGAUCAGCUUCAGUGCGGCCAUCUCUGCGUGCGAGAAGACAGGGCGGUGGCAGGAGGCGCUGCGGCUGUUGCAAAGGAUGCAGGCUGUGCACGUGGUGCCGGACGUGAUCAGCUUCAGCGCGGCCAUGUCGGCGUGCGUGAAGGGCGAGGAGUGGGACAAGGCCCUCACUAUUCUUCAGCGGAUGCGAGAGACGCCGGGUGUCGAGCCGAACGCGUGGAUCCUCGGAGUGGCGAUCCUCGCAUGCAAGGGGGGCGGGCGGUGGGAGCAGGCGUUGCAGCUGCUCGAAGAGCUCUGCGAGCCGGACGUGAUUAGUCUGAACGUGGCGAUCCUCGCGUGCAAGGGGAUUGGGCGGUGGGAGCAGGCGCUGCAGCUGCUCGACGAGAUAUGUGAGAUGGGCGAGACGCCGGGCGUGAUCAGCUUCAACGCGGCCAUGUCGGCGUGCGUCAACGGCGAGCAGUGGGGCAAGGCCCUCUCUCUCCUUCGGCAGAUGCGAGGGACGCCGGGUGUCGAGCCGAACGUAAUUAGUCUGAACGUGGCGAUCCUCGCGUGCAAGGGGAGCGGGCGGUGGGAGCAGGCGCUGGAGCUGCUCGACGAGAUCUGUGAGAUGGGCGAGACGCCGGACGUGAUCAGCUUUAGCGCGGCCAUGUCGGCGUGCGUGAAGGGCGAGGAGUGGGGCAAGGCCCUCACUCUUCUUCAGCGGAUGCGAGAGCCGCCGGGUGUCAAGCCGGACGUAAUUAGUCUGAACGUGGCGAUCCUCGCGUGCAAGGGGAGCGGGCGGUGGGAGCAGGCGCUGCAGCUGCUCGACGAGAUCUGUGAGAUGGGCGAGACACCGGGCGUGAUCAGCUUCAACGCGGCCAUGUCGGCGUGUGUCAACGGCGAGCAGUGGGACAAGGCGCUCUCUCUCCUUCAACAGAUGCGAGGGACGCCGGGUGUCGAGCCGGACGUGAUUAGUCUGAACGUGGCGAUCCUCGCGUGCAAGGGGAUUGGGCGGUGGGAGCAGGCGCUGCAGCUGCUCGACGAGAUAUGUGAGAUGGGCGAGACGCCGGGCGUGAUCAGCUUCAACGCGGCCAUGUCGGCGUGCGUCAACGGCGAGCAGUGGGGCAAGGCCCUCUCUCUCCUUCGGCAGAUGCGAGGGACGCCGGGUGUCGAGCCGAACGUAAUUAGUCUGAACGUGGCGAUCCUCGCGUGCAAGGGGAGCGGGCGGUGGGAGCAGGCGCUGGAGCUGCUCGACGAGAUCUGUGAGAUGGGCGAGACGCCGGACGUGAUCAGCUUCAGCGCGGCCAUGUCGGCGUGCGUGAAGGGCGAGGAGUGGGGCAAGGCCCUCACUCUUCUUCAGCGGAUGCGAGAGCCGCCGGGUGUCAAGCCGGACGUAAUUAGUCUGAACGUGGCGAUCCUCGCGUGCAAGGGGAGCGGGCGGUGGGAGCAGGCGCUGCAGCUGCUC